GCAAGAAUGACACCAGCGCUUCCUCGCAUCCAGACAGCCUGAGCAUUAGGACACAUUUGCCUCAUUGCUAUCUUUAAAAGCCUGCACCAUGGCUCCUCUGAAGGCUCCUCCACGGACCCAAUUGCUCCUCGCAGUUUUUACGUUCAGUGCACUGUGGGGGUUUGUGCUUGCCAUCACCCGCUACUCCAUUCCGGAGGAGAUGGAAGAAGGUUCCUUUGUUGCAAACCUGGCCACCGAUUUGGGUCUGGAUGUGCGCAGCAUGGUGGAACGGCAAGCAAAGCUGGAUGUCAUUCACAGCAAGAAUUACCUCGACAUCAACAAAGAAACCGGGGAUCUGAUCAUCCGCGAGAAGAUCGACCGGGAAAGCAUCUGCAUGACAAAAACAACCUCAUGCUUUCUGAAAAUGGAUGUCAUACUAGAAAACCCCAUUCGUAUUUUCAACAUCGAACUGGAAAUCAUGGACAUCAAUGACAACGCUCCAGUGUUUCGGAGGAAGACCAUUUAUUUGGAUGUUUCCGAGGCAACCCUUCCCGGUGAGAGAUUCUCAUUAACAAAUGCUGUCGAUGCAGAUGUUGGAGCUAAUUCAAUAAAGACUUACUAUUUAAGCAAGAGCAAAUACUUUAGCAUUGACAUUCAAACUGGCAGUGACGGCUCCAAAUAUGUCGAUUUGGUUCUGAAUGGCAAUUUGGACCGGGAGGCAGGUGAAGUGCAUGAUCUAAUUUUAACCGCUGUGGAUGGAGGGGUUCCUCCCCGCUCGGGUACAGCCAGUAUCAUUAUUAAUGUGCUGGAUAUCAAUGACAACGCCCCCUUGUUCAGUCAACCCGUAUUUGAAGUCAAUGUUUCAGAAAACACUGUUGCAGGGACUGUGGUUAUGACCUUAAAUGCAACAGAUUUAGAUGAAGGCACAAACGCCCAGUUGUUGUAUUCGUACACGCUUUACACUUCUGAGAAGACACAGGAGCUCUUCUCACUUGACCCAAAUUCCGGCGAGAUCAAAGUAAAGGGCGUGAUCGAUUUUGAAGAGAGUCAGAAUUUUGAGAUGCACAUCCAAGCCCAGGACAGAGGGGCGACCCAGCUGUCAGGGCAGUGUAAGGUGAUGGUGUCCAUCACGGAUUUGAACGACAACUAUCCUGAGCUGACCAUCAAGUCUCUAAAAAGCGCUGUGACGGAGAAUGCCGCUGUGGGGAUGCUGAUCGCGGUGGUAAGCGUCCAGGACAGGGACUCCGGCCGCAACGGGCAAGUGGAGCUCACUUUAAGUCAGCAGGAAAUCCUCCCCUUCACCCUGAAUCAAUCCUCAGAGGGUUACUUUGAGCUACUGAUUUCAAAGCCACUGGAUAGGGAGAUACAGAGUAAAUAUGAAAUAACACUGAGAGUGUCGGAUAAAGGGUCGCCGCCACUGACUGAAAGCGAGACCUUCACUUUAGAGAUCCAUGAUAUCAAUGACAAUGCACCCACAUUCCCUCAGUCCUUCUACACCAUCCACGUCAUGGAGAAUAAUCUGCCAGGGGCCCUGCUGACAUCUCUGAGCGCGUUUGACCCGGAUCUGAAUGAGAACCAGUACUUGGUGUAUUUCAUAAUGGAGAAGGAGAUAGUGAACACAUCCGUGUCAAUGCUGUUCUCCAUCAAUCCAGAGAAUGGAGACCUUUAUGCGUUGAAGACAUUUGACUAUGAAAGAGAGCGGGAAUAUCUUUUCCAUAUUGAGGCCAGGGACUCAGGUGUUCCUCCAUUGAGCAGUAAUGUGACGGUUCACAUCAUCAUUCUGGACCAAAAUGACAACACCCCUGUCAUAGUGUCGCCAUGGCGGGCACAGGGGUCUGUUGUCGAAGAGGUUAUACCAAGGUCUACAGAUAAGGGACAUUUAGUAGCGAAAGUGAUUGCCAUCGAUGCAGACUCCGAGCAAAACGCCAGGGUCACUUAUCAGCUCUUGCAAAUCACUGACACAAGCCUCUUCAGUCUCGAUCAAUACAACGGCGAGAUUCGGACCACAAGAAUGUUCAGCUACAGAGACCCCCGGCAACAGCGUCUAGUCAUCGUCGCGAAAGACAACGGCGACCCUGCUCUAUCAGCCACGGUCACCAUUAAAAUAUCCACAGUGGAAAAUGCAAUGGCCUUUUCAGAGACGACAGAGUUGCCACUAGAGUAUGACGUCUUCACGGACCUGAACUUGUAUUUAGUCAUCGGUUUAGGGGCUGUUUCCUUCUUGCUGCUUAUCACCAUCUUAGUUAUUAUUGUGCUCAAGUGUCAAAAACCAAAGCCAAAAGCCAUCAAGAUACCUCCAGUUAAUAGGAACAGUGUGAUCAGCAGGAAUAGUGUGAUCAGCCAGAGGAGCUCCACAAUUGCUGACUCCACCUUGAUCUCCAGCGAUGCCUACUGGUACAGUCUGUUCCUCGCAGAGACCAGGAAAGGCAAAGUCGUCGUAAGACAGCCCAUAAUACCCAAAGGAGCCGGCUACUUUGUGUCCAGUAUACCCAGGAGCAUAGGGCCAAGUGAGACCACGGAGUCCAGAGCAUCCACACUGGAGUACUCAAAAUGAAAGGAAGUCCAAUCUACAACUGGAGCAGGCAACCAGAAGAAAACUGCCGUGAUGUAAUCAUCUCUUCCUGGAACUCUUGGGCUCUUAUACAAAAUGUUCCUUCAGUCCCUCCAAGCCAACUCUUCUGUCCUCAAACUAUCCAAAUAUCAGCCAUUAAUCAUCACAGAUCCUAUCUUUCCGGCAUGAAUCUGCAUGAUUCUAAAACAUACUUGAUUUGGACAAAGAGGUGGAAUUUUGAAUAUUAUGGAGAUGUAGCCCCAUGCAUUUUUCCUUUUUUGCAGGUUCUCUUUAUUAAAGCUGAAACAUUUAGUAGUGCUAAAUACAAAACAUGCCUAAUCAAUAUGAGUCCGGGUCAACUUAAUUCUUCAGUACAACUGAAUUGUAGCUGAUCAUCUCAAUCAUCCAGGCUUCAAAUACUAUAUUUUAUUUUUUUUCUGGCAAUUUGAUAUCUCAUAUUGUACUCCUCUGUCACAAAUGUGUAAAAAUGCAAGAAAAAACAAUGGAAGAACAUUUUUAUACAAUGUUUUGUAGGAGGAGCUCGUUGCGAUGGCGGGGGGAAUAAAAGCUCUGGUGGGCUUUGUGUGUCUGUAAUAUACUUGGUAAUAUUUUGAAUACUUCAAAAAUAUCAAGUGUUUGGCAUAUGUGCUGUUAAAAAUAACGUUUGGGGACAGAACCUCCAUGGCGUUGGUAAUGAUUUAUUCCUAAGGUACUUGGAAUGAGUGAUGACGGUGCUCUAACAGAAUGUUGGAUGAGAGGAACGAUGACAUUACGGACUGCAAUGAGGUCAAAGUGGAUUCAAAAACCAUAGCACCACUUAAAAAAAUGUUACAUAAAAAGCAGUCCAUCUUUUUCCUAUUGAUCAAAUAAGCUGGCAAUAAAAAUAUUUUAAUGAUACAUCUAUCAAUUUAUGUCAACAAGAGUUUUCAAAUGUAUUAAUCUUGGUCAUGAAUGAAUGAAAGUCAAGGCGAGGUAGAUUCAUUUUCCACACUCUUUUAUAGGUAUUAUGUCUUAAAUUGUAAUGCUGCUUCCGUGAGCUUCUUCAAGGGCAUUUUGUGUUGCAUAUGUGUAGUAUGGUGGAUUUGAUGUUUUGGUAUACUGUAGUUUUAAAAAAGAAACAAUACUUUUCUCUUACUUUUUGACCUCUGAGGUGGCAAGGCUUUUGACAGUUCUCCGAAACAAGGGGCUGAAUAAAGCAAAUCAUUUGGGUGCUAAGUGAUCAACUCUAAUAACUUGAAGUAUUUUAUCAAGAGAACAUAGGUAUGAAGAUAAAAAAAAACAACUGUACAAUAUGCACAAACGGUUAAGAGCAUUCUCCAAAGCAACGCAAUCAAGAGACUGUCAGCAAAAUCUGUUUUACUCCUUUUGCUUGGUAUUUAUGUGACACUUAUACAUGUUUAUAGUAUUGGUCGGUAAGACUACUGAUGUUGGGAGGGAUCUUUUACUUUGCAUUUGUGCGUUCAAUUUCUAAACCAGUCAAUUUCUAAAGUGCACGUCAUUGCACAUCCGAUAAGCUCUUUGCGUGCCUUCUGCAUUGUAAAAAGAUAUGUAUGUGACUUUUAAAGAAUGAACUUAUGGCAUUUUGAGCUGUAUUGUACAUCAACGUCCUCAGACAAGAAUUUAGUAGGAAAUCCAAUGAAAUGUUAGACAUUAUAUUUCAUCAUUGUGCAGCAAGCACAUGCCAAUACUGUGAACAUUUAACAAAACAAAAAAUGUAAUGAUUAUAUUUUAGUAUGGUUUUGGACAUUUUGAAUAACAAAUCAUAAUGACAAGUACAGUCGUGCUUCAACUGACAAGCUUAAUUGGUUGUGUGACAGACCUCUCCUGUUGUUUUUCUUAGCUGAGGUCUUUAUCAUUAUGAAUGGCAUGCAUUCAAAUAAAGAAUGACUCAUUGCUACUUUUGUUUAUAUACAGUAAUACCUCAACUUACAACCUAAAUUGGUUCUGUGACGGAGCCUUUAACUCAAAACACUUCAAUUUCCAAUCCUCUCCGAUUGAAAUGAAUAGGCAUCAAUCUAAUUGGUGCAAAAACAGCACAAUUCUAACAUGGAGCGUAUCCCAGCUGCACUCAGGCAGAAGGCGGGGUACACCUCUGUGCCUUUUUAAAAAUAAAAAUACAACUUUUAGAUAAGAAAUACUGUAUAACAAAUAAUACAAUUGAAUGUACUACUAACAACUACAGUAGUUUUAUAGAGUAAUGUAAUAAUAAAAUACAUCAUUUCUCUUGGAGACUGGACUUUUACUGUAUCUCCUUCCAGCUGCUUCUCCGUCAAACACACCAUCAGCCGCCUUUCCAUAUUUUAAUGGAUACAUUUCCAACGUUUGGAUAUUAUUUUAACAUUCUUUGCUGGCGUUAGACUCAUUCUGCUUCAGUAUGGCGCAGACUAGCAGUGAUAUGCUAGAAUUGGUUUGCCGAGAUUUUCUCAUGACAAUUUAUUUCUUUAAUUCAUGCACCAUCAUCCUCUUCUUCUUCUCAGCACUGUCCUUCACACUCACUUUCCUCCUUUCUAUGAUUGGAAAACCAAAAUGUGUCUAUCUCUAGCGAAAAGAUAAUGCUGGUGAAACAGAUUGAACGUUUUGGGCGGAUCUUACGGGGUUCACUGUGAUAUUUGCAGCACUAACUAGUGGCGGAGAUGCUUGUAACUCAAUUUUUUGCUAACAACUUAAAGCAAUACAAUUAGACGACCAACAGCUCUUAUCUCAAAACACUCUUAAGUUGAAGUACCACUGUAUUUUAUUGAUCACUUCUUCUGUUAUUCUUGUUUUUUCCUAAAAAUAUGUUUUUUUGCUCAAAAAGUGGUUAAUACUCAGCGUUGUGGUCGCAGUGAUCGUACUUCGAAUCAUGGUUGGGCACCAAUUGAUGUAAACUACCCGGGUUUUCUUGGUUGAAAAGCCAAGGAUCGAGUCAACAAAAUAUUGAUUUAUUUAAAUCAUGCGUCAAAAUAAAUUCAGAAUAAGGGUCAAAUGGUACAAAAAACUAAGUUGGGGCACUCUUAAGCUGAGGUACCAAUGUAUUUUGCAUUGUGCAUAAUCCUACUAAAUUCUUGUGGGAACCGGCGCCAGAAAAUGAUGGUUAUCCUAUGACGAACUACUACAAUGUAUAAUCAAACAACACAGACGUUGAAAGAUAAUGACUCAGCUUUUUGUUUUCCAAAACCAGUAGAUGCAUUUAGUGUACAUGGAACCACUUUUUACCUUGUGUUUUUUUAUGAAGUAGACUUUUUGAUAUCUUCUGUAACUUCACUGUGAUCAAAUGGCACAGGGGGUGCUUGUUCUUGCUUAGUGUCAUCAUCACCUCGUGUCAAUUUUUUUCCACCAUCAGAUUGUACAGUAUGCUUGAGGAUGACGUCACAUGCGGUCCACUCCCAUCCCAUUUACAGUAGUAGAUCAAAGACCGUAUGGGAGAGAAUGGCCUUGCUUUCUUUUCAAGUCCAGUUAAUUGUCCAAUUUUGAUGUCGCUUAUUUGGCUUUAAUGUUCUGCUUGAUCAUGAUAGUUUGAAUAAAGAUUUUUUAAAUCGG